AUGUCUCAUACCAGUUUGACCAAUGACGACAGCUAUAGAUCGGAGUUCAAUAGAAAUGCGUUUAUAGAUUCAGAUACAUCGUCAUACGAUCGUGUUCAAGUAACAAAAGAUGAUAAUUCAAACAACAAUUUGGUUAAAAAAGAACAAGAGGAAAAACAGAAUGAAGGUGAGAAGAAAUUAUCUCAUUUACAAACUGCCCGAGGACCAAAUGCUCGUCGGGUAUCAAAUGUUAUUGAUACGCAUGCAUUACGUGAGUCGGAUACAUUAACAAUCCGUGAUAAACGAGUACGGCUCAUGACAGUUAAUUAUCAUGAAUUACUUGAACAAAUUGGCGAAAAUCCAACUCGACAAGGUCUUUUAAAAACACCAGAACGAGCAGCUGAAGCAAUGUUAUUCUUUACAAAAGGUUACGAGGAAAAUCUACAGGAUGUUGUUGGAGAUGCAAUAUUUGAUGAGGCAUACGAUGAAAUGGUUGUGCUGAAAAAUAUCGAUAUAUUCUCCCUAUGUGAACAUCAUUUAGUUCCAUUUUACGGGAAGGUGUCAGUUGGCUAUUUACCGAAAAAUCGUGUUAUCGGUUUAAGUAAAAUAGCGAGAAUAGUCGAGAUAUUUAGCAGAAGGCUUCAAGUUCAAGAACGUUUGACAAAACAAAUAGCUGAAGCCAUUGACGAAGCGCUUAAUCCACAAGGUGUCGGCGUCAUUAUUGAAUGCGUGUAA